CUUAAAGCCGACAAAAAACCAGACAAUUGAUCUUGCUUGCUUUUCAAUUUGCUUCGCAGAAGUCGGGUUGCAUUCAAAGCCUUUUCCGUUUUACCAAUGUUCGGCUCUGGUUUUCGCACCAUUUGUUUGCUCGUCUAGCAUAGUUACAUAUCGAACAUCUUUAGAUGGCAGCCGUUUCGGAUUAUUACAUGACUUGCUCUUCGCCUUAUUGUAGCCUUUUAAUAUGUUAUCGCAAUACUUAAGCAAGCUACAGAUAUUUAAUUGUCCUUCUUCAUUCUUGUUGCUGCCAGCCUUUUUUUUUUUGGUCCGCCAGUGGGCUGAUCUUCAGAAGGCUACCUAUUCCGCAGACUGGCCGCGGAGCGAACUCGGCGAAAUGGAGCCUUGUAGGACUGGUAGCCCGUCUGAAUCUUCUCUUGUUUGAAGUCAAGCCUCCUCAAGGCUCCAGCAAGCCUUUUACAUAGGACCCUUGGAGGGGCUGGAAAGGGGCCGAGGGAUAAGUACAUGUUUAUGAUGGGUCUUCGUGGCUUCGACAACCCUAAAUAAGGCAGAUCUGAUGUCUGAUGGUUCUCUUCGGUUUGUUAGCGGCCUGCAGGCACAUCAUCGUCUCUUGCCUCCCAACCAGUCCGGUGCUAUCUAUAUCUGCACCAUGCUCGUCUAUCCACUGGUGCUUAUGCAUUCUAGAACGCAUACUGUAUGUACAUGUAUGUAUAUAUGUACGUAUAUGUAUACGCUAUCACCAGCGACAACUGCGGAUGAGUCGAUCGAACUUUUGCGAUCCCGGCCGUCUUACAUGAAGCAUGGGAAUGCUACCUGAUUUCGCGGAUGAGGUUUGAUUGGCUUAUAGAAUUCAUUUUUUCGAAGCUUCACACCAUGGGAAACUACAAC